AUGGUGCCAUUCCAAGACUAUCUACGUAGCCAGGCUGGCAACACAAUCUCUGUCAACCUGAUCAUUUCGACUGUCGAUUACCUUCUUCGUCUUCAGGAGUCAAUAAUGGACUUUUAUUGGCACUAUUCCAACAAGGAUACUAUCGACGACGCCGGUAAGCGGAACUUCGUACGAGCCAUUAAAAUAGGCAAACAGGUCUUCUGCAGUCUCACGGAAUAUAUUCAGGGUCCCUGCCUGGGCAAUCAGCUGGCUCUUGCACAUUCUAGGCUCUGGGAUGCUAUCAGCGGCUUCUUGUACCUAUUUGCACACAUGCAGGAUAAACUGAGUAAAGACCCCGACCAGUUGGAUCUUCUUCGCGAGUUCCUCAAUUUACAGAAGGAGAUGAUGAUCAUGUUGCUAUCUAUGCUCGAGGGUAACGUGGUAAAUGGACCGAUCGGUCGUCAGAUGGUUGACACGCUUGCCGAAUCUGCCGCCAACGUCGAAGUUAGUUUGGGACUUUUGGCUAAAGGGCUCAUUCAUUUCGUCUGUGUGUUAAAACAUGUACUUUUUUAUCUGCUAAAUCGAAUUUUUGUUUUGACACUGAUUUCUUCACCUUUUGAUCACUUUUUGACCAAUAGUUUAUUUUAA